UCAGUCUGACAAUAACCCCCACACAGCGAUCGUAGUAUCCCGUCGCAUUCCUCACCUCUCCGAGCCCCUUCACGCUUCACGCAGCUGCGGUCCGUGGGCGCGCCGACUAACAUACCACAGCUGACUAAACGACUAAAAACAAAUUAAGUUACGCCUUGCUUUUACUAACAUUAUUAGUGGUUAUUUGAAACACUGAUUUAUGGGUCACUAUGUGCCCGAACCACAUUUCUGCGAACGUUUGCCAGUCUGUGAACUAUUGAACACUGAACCGGUCGAUGUCCGACUCAUGCCAAAGAAUUGUUCUUUAGAAUCGCUUCAUUUUAAUGAUUCGUUGGAGCCAAAACUAAUUUUGACAGUACAAGUAGCCUAUGUGUUGGAAUAAUACAAGUAUACAAUCUGAAACAACCAAUGUAAUUGAAUCGAAGUGAUUAAAAGUGAAAAAUAGUCCCUAUACUGAAAACAACAAGCUAACUAGCCUAAAGUGGUGUGCUAACCACCAAACUGGCUUCAAAAUGGUCAGUGUGGUUUGAUGGGACCUUUUUAGCUGGUUAGGUUGGGAGAACAAACUUCAGCUUGUGCUUUUUAGGCUAGUUUAAGUAGUUUAUUUUCAGCGGUGAAGUUUAAACAAACAUUUACGGGUAAAAUGCUGCGCGGUGACUUCGGAGAUGAAUCAAGCGAGUUGGUGAGUCUUUUUCACUCAAAGGAACCGAUUCGCUGCAAUGAACUUUUCAACGCAAGCCAACCAAGUCCCGCCUACACACAUCUAUCUCGUCGUAGUACUAGUUCUCCAACUUUCAACGAGAUAUGUGCGGCGUUUAGUCAAAUGGGAAGUGAGGAUAAAAUAAUCAGCUGGGUCUGCCGGUUAACGGUUAUUACAGCUUUCUUCUUGGUUGGCUUUAUUAUUGGCUGGUUUGCUCGACCUACUUCUGUCAAUCAUGGACACGCAACAAAAAGCUUCCUGCGCGACUUUCUGGAUGAGAUGCGAGCAGAGAAUAUUAAACAUCAUCUCAGGAAGUUCACAAGACUGCCACACCUGGCAGGAACGCAGCAGAAUCUGGAUCUAGCGGAGCGGAUUGGAGCGGAGUGGAUGGAGUUUGGGCUGGACUCGGUAGAGCUGGUUCCGUACGACGUGUUGCUGUCAUACCCAAAUGAAACAAGUCCCAACUACAUCUCAAUAGUGGACCACCUGGGCAAUGAGAUCUUUAGCACCUCUCUGGCUGAGCCGAUCCCUGAGGGUUAUGAAGAUGUGACCGAUAUUGUCCCUCCUUACAGUGCUUUCUCUGCAAAAGGUCAACCAGAGGAUGAGCUGGUGUAUGUUAAUUAUGGACGGACGGAGGAUUUCUUUAAGCUGGAGAGAGAGUUGGGAAUAAACUGUACGGGAAAAAUUGUCAUCGCUAGAUACGGCAAAAUCUUCCGUGGAAACAAGGUGAAGAAUGCGAUGUUAGCGGGAGCUAAAGGGGUCGUGCUGUUCUCUGACCCUGCGGAUUACUGUGCGGAGGGCGUUGAGCCUUAUCCCAAAGGCUGGAACCUGCCAGGAGGAGGAGCUCAGAGAGGGAAUGUCCUGAAUCUUAAUGGGGCGGGAGAUCCGCUCACACCUGGCUACCCUGCGAAAGAAUACACCUAUAGGUCCAGCCUGGAGGACGCAGUGGGGCUUCCCAGGAUUCCAGUGCAUCCCAUUGGCUAUCAUGAUGCAGUUCACCUGCUGCAGCAUAUGGGAGGGCCUCUUCCGCCGGAUAACUGGAAAGGCGCACUUAACGUCUCAUACCGACUUGGACCAGGAUUCAUGGACGGUUUUAAUCAGAAUAAAGUACGUAUGAACAUCCACACCAACAAUCAGGUGACCCGUAUUUACAAUGUGAUUGGCUGGAUCCGAGGAGCCGUGGAGCCAGACAGGUACAUCAUUCUGGGCGGCCAUCGUGACGCGUGGGUGUUCGGAGGGAUUGAUCCCGUGUCAGGAGCCGCCGUGGUGCACGAGAACGUGAGAGCAGCUGGAAAACUCAUGAAGAAAGGCUGGAGGCCGAGGAGAACGCUGAUCUUUGCCAGUUGGGAUGCAGAAGAGUUUGGUCUGCAGGGAUCCACGGAAUGGGCAGAGGAGAAUGCCAGAGUCCUGCAGGAGCGAGCCGUGGCCUACAUUAAUGCGGACUCUGCUAUUGAGGGUAUGUACACACUGAGAGUCGACUGCACCCCCUCCCUACACACUCUUGUUUAUGACAUCACCAAGAAGGUUUCGAGUCCAGAAGAAGGCGAGGAGGGCAUGAGUCUGUACGAGAGCUGGCACAAACGAGACAACUGGACAGAAAGAAAUACACCAUGGAUCAAUAAACUGGGCUCUGGUAGUGAUUUUGAAGCGUAUUUCAUCAGAUUAGGGAUUGCGUCUGGAAGGGCGAGAUACACCAAAAACCGGAAAACCGAGCGCUACAGCAGUUACCCCGUUUACCACAGCGUGUAUGAGACCUAUGAGAUCGUGGAGCGCUUCUACGAUCCGAGUUUCCGCAGACUGGAGGCGGUGGCCCGUGUUCGAGGUGGACUGAUCUUCAGUUUGGCCGAUUCUCCAAUCUUACCUCUGGACUGUAUAGAAUACGCCUCGUCUCUCACCAAAUAUGCCAACAGUAUUCACCAGCUAGCAAUGAAGCAUCCUGCUGCCAUGGAGCAGUACGGCAUCUCAUUCGAUUCUCUCUUCUCUGCAGCUGAGAACUUCACAGUCGCAGCACGAGACUUCCAUCAGCGUCUUGAUCAGAUCGACACUUCUAAUGCUCUGGAUGUACGGAUGGUAAAUGAUCAGCUGAUGUAUUUAGAGAGAGCUUUCAUUGAUCCGUUGGGUUUACCUGGAAGACCAUUUUACAGGCAUAUAAUUUUUGCACCCAGCAGUCACAAUAAAUACGCAGGCGAGUCUUUCCCAGGCAUUUACGAUGCUUUGUUUGAUAUUGAGAAUGUGGCAGACCCACAGAAGGCCUGGGACGAGGUCAAACGCCAAAUCAGCAUCGCUGCCUUCACCGUCAACGCAGCUGCCGGGACGCUAAAGCCUGUCUUCGGCUAGACGGCCUUCCUUUACUUCUGCUUUUCAAAACAUGCUAUGGAUGCACGACUACAAUAUGCCAGCAAAUUAGUUAGUUAAUAUGUCAGUGUUUUAUCAAACGCAGCAUCUAUAAGGGGCCUGACAUGCAGAUCUGGCUCUCACAAGCAAGCAGAUAAAUUGUCGUUAUUUAGCAGAUGUCUUUCAUCCAAAGAGAUUUGCUGUGGACAAUUUGCAGGGACGGCAUUAAUUGCCUUACUUUACUACAUAAUCUUAUUCAGUUAGGAUUGACUGUAAUGUUACUGUCAGCAACUCUGAUCUAGAACCAAUAGGUAACCGCUAAUGACACAUUUUACAUGUUUAUAGUGUUAUAUUUGAUAAAGUGUACUUUCCAAUGUCAUAAAGUUGACCAUUUGUGUUGAAUUACAGUAAAUUGUGAAAGCAAUGUUUUUUGCUUGUAAAUCUUGCAUAAAUUGUCACAUUUCAGAACUAUUCUUACAUACACAUGUAAAAUCAUUAAAAUUGUUGCAAAUACUGUACAACAUGAAUUCAUUUUGAAAUCGUUAAACCUCAAAUCAGAGGCGAUGAGUCUCUGCAAGUGAACUGCACUCACAAUAAAACUGACAAAUAUUGAAAAUA